CUGAACGGACAGGGCGGGGGAGCCUCUAAAUAUAAAUCAAUUGCGCCUUUUGUAAGACUUAUUCCUCGUAGGUACCCGUAGAUGUAGUUCUGCGCGGCUGCCGGUAGUUGUGGUUCGUUUCUGGAGUUUAGCCGAGUGAUGUCGGGAGCUAGGCUCCCCUGUGAACCAGACGUUACUAUGUACGACGUGCAGCUUUUGAUCAGCAAGAAGGAUGAGAUGGAAACCCAGAUAAAGGCUUUAUAUGACCUUCUGCAAGAACAAAAAGGAAUCGGAAUGGAUGGACCACUGGUUGACAGAGAAGGAUACCCUAGAACAGAUGUGGAUAUUUCCCAAGUUCGCACUGCAAGACAUAAUAUCAUCUGUUUGCAGAAUGAUCACAAAGCCAUCAUGAAAGAAAUAGAGGUAGCUCUACACAGACUACAUGCGCGAGAAAAAGAAAAGCACGAGAAGGAUGAAGCCGAGGCCCAGGCUGAAGUAAUACAGAGUCACCGAGAACUGCCUGAUGCGUUUGCUAAAGUAGAUGUUGUUACUCCAGGCUCUCCUGCCAGCAUGUCAGGACUGCAAGUUGGAGAUGAGAUCAUUGCAUUCGGGACAGUGAACACAAGCAAUUUUCAGUCUCUCCAGAAUAUUGCUAAAGUAGUGCAACACAGCGAGGGGAAGCCAUUAAGCGUGUCAGUUAUUCGAAAUGGGAAAUUGGUUUCUCUUGCACUCACCCCUUUGCGAUGGAGUGGAAAGGGACUUUUGGGGUGCAAUAUAAUUCCACUAAAAACAUCAUUCUAAUUCCAGAAAAAUGUUUUCACAUGAAGUGGACUUUCUGAGCAAAUUGCCUUUCACAGAUUGGUACAGACAGAAAACGUCAUUCCAGCACAAAUGCCUUGGACAGUAAAAUGUUGGCUGUAAUAUUUCAUCCUUAUCACAGCAUUUGUUUUUUCUGAUUUCUAAAAUAAAAAAACAUAAAUUAUA